AUGUCUAACACAGGUUCCUCCAACCCACUUCAGCACCCGAUCCAAGCUGUGGCUUCGGCCAUGGGCGUAGCUGGCGCAGAUCCGCUUCCCACUCAAAGGACUACGCUCUUCCAGGGCGCCAAUGAUGGUCCUGCCGUGACCGCAGCAAAGAUCACUGGCGUUACUGAAGGUGGAAAUAGAAAGGAUGAUGCCCCUUAUCACACUAACAAUGAAGGUAUCCCUUGGCCUGAUAUCGCACAUAGUAAGAACGUGGGCGGAUUGCCGUUGGUGAGCGAUACCUUUUUGUUGCAGAAGCAGCAGACGUUCAACAGGAGCAAGACUUUGGAGAGAAUGGUGCACCCCGCUGGUUCAGGGGCGUUUGGAUACUUUGAGUGUACUAAGGAUAUGUCGCAUCUCACUAAGGCAGGUCUUUACACUGAAAUCGGGAAGAAGACUCCAAUUUUCAUUCGCUUCUCCACCGUCACCUUUGGCAAAGAGUUCCCCGACUCUGGUCGAAAUCCUCGCGGUUUUGCCAUUAAGCAUUACACCGAGGAGGGAAACUACGAUAUCGUUGGUCUUAACUGGCCGAUCUUUUUUUGCCGUGACCCAAUUCAAGGACCCGAUGUGAUCCGUUCUCAACAGAGAAAUCCGGCAAAUUUUUUGCUGGACUAUAACAGUUUAUUUGAUUUCUUGGCAAAUGUCCCUGAGAGUAAUCACGCGGGCAUGAUGUUCUUCAGCAAUCAUGGAACCCCUAAGGGAUGGAGAUACGAGCAUGGUUAUGGAUGUCAUACUUUCAAAUGGGUUAAUAAAAAUGGAGACUUUGUCUAUAUUAAGUACCAUUUCAUUGCAGACCAUGGCCAGAAGCAGUUUACCUGGCCAGAGGCUAUUCGUAUGUCUGGCGAGGACCCCGACUACGCUAAGAGGGAUCUCUGGCAAGCCAUCGAGAGAGGUGAGAAAAUUACUUGGACCGCGAAAGUCCAGAUCAUGAAGCCCGAGGAGGCCGAUCCUGUCAAACUUGGGUUUGACCCCUUUGACGUGACCAAAAUUUGGCCCAGAGGCCAAUUCCCAAUGCAAGAUUUUGGUAGACUUGUUCUAAACAAAAACCCUGAGAACUACCACCGUGAUGUCGAGCAAGCUGCUUUCUCGCCUGGCAGCAUGGUCCCCGGAAUCGAGGACAGCCCUGACAUGCUGCUCCAAUUCCGCACAUUCUUCUACCGUGACGCGCAGUAUCACCGCCUCGGUGUAAAUCUUCACCAGGUCCCCGUCAACUGCCCAUUCAUGUCCCAGUCCUACUCCAGCAUCAAUUUUGAUGGUCCCUUACGUGCCGACGCCAAUACUGGUGGCAACCCACACUACGUUCCCAACAGCUUUGACAAGCGCUACCGACCUGACACCGCCGAAGCGCCGUACCAAGUUGCGGAUGCCGUUGUCUCUCGCCAGGGACACCACUACUCUGAGGGAACCAUGAAGGAGUACGAACAGGCGCGUGAGCUCUACACUCGUGUGAUGAGCCCUAAGGAGCGUGCUGAUCUACACGCCAAUACAGCAGGAGUUCUGAAAUUGGUUGAUUAUGAGAUUAUCCAGGUGAACUACCUUUCGCAGUGCUAUUGCAUCGACAAUGGAUAUGCGAAGGCAAUCUAUGAUUUGCUUCCUGAGAAGAGAUUCGACUUCAAGCAGGUUGUGGACGCUUCAAAGACUGCAAUGUCUCGCGGAAAGGAAAAGAAGUUUAUGCCGUUUGCUGAGCACCACCGCUUGGUCGGAGGAAAGCCUACUCUCCCGACUUAUGGGGCGUAG